UUUGAUUUCAGUGAGGAUGAAAAGUGCGGCAUUGGUGGCAGCCUGUAGGGGGGGGAACAGGCCCGACACAGUAUUGACGAUGGUGAGAACCGGAAUUGCAACAUCGCCGCCCUCGGCGAAGAGAUGAUUGACCCUCUGCUUCAGCGACAUGGUCAAUAAUGGGUGGGUGGAGGGAUGGGGAGGAAAAGGUCGGUCGCGCAGCGGGUGGUGACACUCAAGCAGAGGCUGGGGAGUUCACAGCCAUGAGAUCGCCGCGCGCAAUUCAUCCCAUUGCGCACUUCAAAUGGAAAGUCUUGCGGCAGAUUCCAUCCUCUGAUGCAGAACCAACUGAGAAAUCGUUCCUAGCUGCUUACUUCCAUCUAGCUUGGUCUUGUUCUAGGUUCGCUACGGGAGAUUCGAUGCAAAGUUCGGCAACAGGAACGAACAUUCUAGGAAGGCCAGGUGCACAUGGGUUGUUGCAUAUUCGCAAGAUGUGCCCCGCAAGUAACAAGAAGAUAGCGGAAUGGGAGGAUUUAGCAUUACCACCGCAGCUAAGGACCUUGCCGUGUCACUGUGACCCGGGCGAAGCAAAGGCCGAACCUAUGGGAUCACCACGGAACGACGAUGACAGUACGGUAAGACGACCCCUAUACAGGCAGCAAACCGAUGACGGGCCCUUCGCCCUACAUGUGGGUCAGAAAAGGUCAGAUUGGGUAGCUGCACAUUACUUACCUCGUCGCUCCGGAUUCCUAUCGAAAAUGAUAUUAUGUAAUUAGUCCUGGUGGUCUCGAUCUCGUCAUCAUGAUCGUAUGCAACAAGCCGAAUCUCUCACUUUACAAAUACAGAACAAUCAUCGUAGUCUAACCUCCG